AUGACUGUUGCUGAUUCUGUUUCUAUUGUAAGCAAUGCUAGUGAACGCUCCACUACCCAUAAACCAUAUAUUAUUGGUCACCGAGGAAGCACUAAAUACCCCGAGAACACUGUCCUCGGAAUAGAACAAACGAUAGCUGAUGGGGCAGAUGGAAUAGAAUUUGAUCUCCAACUGACCGCUGACAAUCAAAUAAUUAUUUGUCACGAUGCAACUUUGGAUCGAACAACGACUGGUUCUGGACACAUCUCCUCGGUUCCAUAUUACGGCGUAAUCGAACACCUUAAAACGAAAUCCAAUCCACAAUGUCCAAUCCCUCGUAUAGAAGACAUUAUAGAUGUCAUCAUGAGACCCGAAAACUCGCAUGUUUUUGCAGUACUAGAUAUCAAAUUCAAUAACAGUCCAACUAUAUUUGAAGUUCUCUCUCGUAUACUACAAAAGCACAGCAAUGGCGAUCUAUCGAUAUUUAAAACUCGCCUUUUUCUUGGCAUAUGGCGUUCAUCGUCUCUACCUUAUUGUCACACGUAUCUGCCACAGAUACCAAUUAUGCAUAUUGGAGUGUCUCUUCAAAUAGCAGAGACAAACUUUCCAGACGUAGCAGGAUAUAAUCUUUUGUUCGUAUCAUUAUCGGGGUUAUAUGCACAGAAAUUUAUAGACAAUGCCCGUGCAAAUGGACAGUUGGUUUUUACGUGGGUAGUUAAUCAUAAUAGCUUAUACGGUGAUUGCAGAAGAUGGAGAGUGGACGGUGUGAUGACUGACAAAACCGAGUCUCUUUUGAAAUUGGAUGCAGAGUGGGAUGAAAACGAGAGCUUGUUGGGUCAUAUCGGGAGAAUUAUGAGAGCGUGUCUGUAUACUGUUUGGAGCGUAAUUGUUGAACGACGGGCAAUCAACAUAAUGAAUAGUCUUAAACUAGAGGAGAAAAGCGUGAAAUCUAUGUAA